AUGUCCCUCGACUCGGACCGCGAGCUCGCGCGCCUCUGGCGCGUCUCCAAGACCGUUCACGAGAUGAUCCGUGACCGCGGCUACGAGGUUGCCGACUACGAGAUCAACAUUGGCUUCGACGAGUUCAAGGACCUUUACGGUGGUGGCGGCAGUGUCGACCGUGGACGUAUGGCCUUCCACGCCAACCACAAGGACGACCAGCGUGACAGGAUAUAUGUUUACUUCUGCUCCGAGAAGAACGUCUCCAAGGCGGCUAUGAAGAGCUUCAUCACCUCGCUGGACGGCGUGGGCGCAAAACGCGGUAUUAUUAUCUGGAGCGAGAAGAUCUCGCCGGCAGCCAAGAAGACCCUUGUGGAGAUGCAGUCCGAGUACCACCUCGAGGACUUUGCCGAGGCCGACCUGCUUGUCAACAUUACCAAGCACUUCCUCGUUCCCAAGCACCAGAUCAUGACCCCCGAGGAGAAGUCGGCUCUCAUCAAGCGUUACCGCCUCAAGGACACCCAGCUGCCCCGUAUCCUGGUCACCGACCCCGUUGCCCGCUACUACGGCAUGCGUAGGGGACAGGUCAUGCGCAUCGAGCGCGCGUCGCAGACUGCUGGACGCGCUGCGAGUCCCAGUUCAGCGAGUCAUCCAGCCAUUUUGGUCACCGCCGAAUUGGACGCAUUGAGCAACGCAUUCCCUAGACUUUGCCGACUUUGGAGAUUCCCGUGA